UACUGAUCUGGAGGAGCACCGGCUCGUCUCCCAGCCACCCUUUACCUUAGUUGCCGCCCGCGGCCAGGCUCGUCGUUCGCUCCAUCGUCCCUGUCAACGUCCGUCUAUCUACUGCGUACGAACACUCCUUGUCUCUCUGCUUCGUACGACGUAUCUCUUAGCACAGUUACCAUCCCAAAAGUCUAGAGACAGGGGACCCCUUGACCUGGUCUCCACCCCACCAUCAGUCCCUGGAUAUCCAAAGCUUCGUUGCAGCCCUUUCACUGCUGCUCGUUUGGUCGGUUGGCUGACGAGACUACUCGCGGUCUUGAAGGGGAUCUCGUGGAGAGUCCCUUCUCAUUCAAAAUGUCAAUAAAGUACGUCUCUGGCGUCCCCUUUGCCUAGCUAUCACUUUAAAAACAUCCACUCUCCAUUAGCUCCCAGCUUGCCGUCAUUGUACCACUCCCCGUCUUGAUCCCCUUCACAUGUCUCCUUUCUUACAUGCUCCUAUUCUCCCCCUAUUCCCUCAUACCAUCUACCACCGAAAGCUCGGCAACGGGUUCCCUCGCCUCAGUCUAUCCUUCCAUCUCCACUUUAACCCUACAGGACUCUCCCGUCAUGUCAGACCAGUACUUGCAAGAGCAGCAUGCAUAUCAUCUCGCCCGGAGACUUCAGAGGCCGAGGAAGCCCGCCGAAGCCAUUUCACAGUCUGACGAGAGCUCUAGUUGGGUCACGCUGAGGGACGGCGAUAUUGUUCCCUUAGACCACGAACGCAUCAAGUUCAGGAUCGAAAGGAUCAAAUUCGACCUUACCGUUCCCAAGGCCCUUCAGCAGGGCCGUGAGCCCUUCUCGCACAGGAGUGAUGUAGGCACUGCCUAUAUUACGACAAGACGAGUCAUAUACAUCCCUGCUCAGCCGACGGCUGAAUUCAAGUCGUUCCAGGCCUGGAUCCUGGACUGUCAAGACUCCUACGUGAAUUCACCUCUGAUCGGGGCCUGGUACUGGGCUGCGACCGUGCGACCAAGCCCUGGGGGUGGCGUGCCACCUGACAUUCCGAGACUCAGCCUCAAGUUGACCUUCCGGGAGGGCGGCUACUAUGAGUUUUAUCGCCAAUUUGAAGAGCUCAAAGAGAGGAUGGAGCACGUAAGGCGAGUUCAGCAGGAGACCGGCCAGCUCGUUAACAUACCCGACGAACCUUUGCCGACGUACGAGCCAAGACAACCAGGGACUUCGGAGCCGAGCAAUCUCGAACCUAACACCCUUGUUUCCAGACCCCGGUCGACUAGUUCUGCAAGCCAAAACCCACGGCCCGACGAACCUCCUCCGGACUAUGAAGAGGCUCAGGCACAGCAACUGAGUAUGCGGCUAGAAGGCCAUAUUCGGGAUGAAGAAGAGCGGUCAUCAUAAACCAGAGUAAACUUUGACCAUGAUGCUCUAAGAAGUAAUGCGGCGAUCAUGUGGUGUCACUGUUAGUGAUUCCAGGUCUUUACGUUGGAGCUCAAAGACAACAAUCACACAUGAUAUUAGGUAGUUUCCUGUUCUUUUGCGACGGGUUCAGUAUCACUUUCUUCAAUAGCACUGCAGUAUAUCCCA